AUGCGUCCCCCUUCCCCACUCGCAGGGAGCUCGCUCGGGCCACUCCUCGGCGGUGCGGCAGCCCGGGCCGGACUCCACUGCGCCUCUGAGGGGCUCAAACGCGCUUUCAAGAUCUGUGGCCACUGGUUCACAUGGUUUCGAGGCACAAUGAAGCAUGCUGGCUCUUGGAAAAUUUGGCUCUGGGUGGUAAUGCUUCUGCUUCCUGCUUCCAUUUCCGUGACGGUCAGGGAGAAGUCAGAAAAACAGUGUCCUUUACUGAGAACAGAAGGACAUCAGUUUACCCAGGACAACAAAGAUAAACUUGAAGUUUCAGGUUUUGACCUAGGAGAGCGCUUUUCUCUGAGACGUGCAUUUUGUGAAGGUGAUAAAACCUGUUUCAAAUUGGGAAGUGCAUUUCUUAUUAGAGAUACCAUUAAGAUAUUUCCCAAAGGCCUUCCUGAUGAGUACGCCAUAGCAGCUAUGUUUCGAGUACGAAGAAGCACCAAAAAGGAACGAUGGUUUCUGUGGCAGGUUUUAAACCAGCAGAAUAUACCACAGGUUUCUAUGGUAGUUGAUGGUGGAAAGAAGGUGGUGGAAUUUAUGUUCCGAGCUCCUGAGGGAGAUGUGUUGAAUUACAUUUUUAAAAAUCGAGAACUCCGUCCUUUGUUUGAUCGUCAGUGGCAUAAACUUGGCAUUGGUAUUCAAUCCCGGGACAUUUCACUCUAUAUGGAUUGUAAUUUAAUUGCAAGCCGGCAUAUAGAUGAAAAGGACACUGUGGACCUUCGUGGAAAGACUGUAAUUGCAGCACGAGCUUCCGAUGGCAAGCCUGUGGACAUUGAGAUUCACCAGUUUAAAAUCUACUGUAACUCAAACUUCAUAGCACAAGAAACAUGUUGCGAAAUAUCAGACACCAAGUGUCCAGAGCAGGAUGGCUAUGGAAGUACUGCACCAUCAUUGUUACCCGCUCAUGCCAGUAAAAUGUCUGCCUAUCUGCCAGCAACGCAGGAACUUCAAGACCGGUGCCAGUGCAUUCCAAACAAGGGAGAAGCAGGAUUGCCAGGAAUUCCAGGCUCACCUGGUCAGAAAGGAGAUAAAGGAGAACCGGGUUCAGGUGGUAUGAAAGGUGAAUUUGGUACUCCUGGAAUUCCUGGGGAAAAGGGUGAAAAUGGUUUACAUGGAGCUCCAGGCUUACCUGGUCAAAAGGGAGAGCAAGGUUUUGAAGGCCGCAAAGGAGAAACUGGUGAAAAGGGUGAACAAGGAGAAAAAGGAGAUCCAGGUCUGGCUGGCAUUAAUGGACAAAAUGGUUUAAAAGGUGACUUGGGUCCUCGUGGUCCACCUGGCCCAAAAGGAGAAAAGGGAGAUACAGGACCUCCAGGACCAUCAGCCUUAACUGGUUCCGUGGGGAUACAAGGACCACAGGGUCCACCUGGAAAAGAAGGUCAAAGGGGAAGACGAGGAAAAACAGGACCUCCAGGAAAACCGGGUCCCCCAGGACCACCCGGACCUCCUGGUAUACAAGGAGUACAACAGACUCUUGGAAAUUAUAACAAGGGAAACCUUGGUGAAUAUGAAGCUCGUGGCCCAAAAGGAGAGAAGGGUGAAACUGGACAACCAGGAUUCCCAGGGUCCAUUGGCCCUAAAGGUCAAAAAGGAGAAUCGGGAGAACCUCUUACUAAAGGUGAAAAGGGAGAUAGAGGAGAACCUGGGCUAAUGGGAUCACAGGGACUAAAGGGUGAACCUGGAGACCCUGGUCCCCCCGGUUUAAUAGGAAGCCCAGGACUAAAGGGUCCACAAGGACCUGCAGGCUCUAUGGGACCCAGAGGACCACCAGGAGAUAUUGGAUUGCCAGGAGAACAUGGUAUCCCAGGAAAGCAAGGCAUUAAAGGAGAAAAGGGAGAUCCAGGUGGAAUUAUAGGCCCUCCUGGGCUUCCAGGUCCAAAAGGUGAGGCUGGUCCUCCAGGGAAAAGCCUACCGGGGGAACCGGGAUUAGAUGGAAAUCCUGGAACCCCUGGUCCUCGUGGGCCAAAGGGCGAGCGAGGACUGCCAGGCGUCCACGGUUCCCCAGGUGACAGAGGCCCCCCGGGGGUGGGGGUUCCUGGCCGAACAGGCUCCCAAGGACCAGCUGGAGAGCCAGGUAUCCAGGGUCCUCGAGGUCUCCCUGGAUUGCCAGGAACUCCAGGGACCCCAGGGAAUGAUGGAGCUCCAGGAAGGGAUGGAAAGCCAGGUCUGCCAGGCCCCCCAGGUGACCCGAUUGCACUUCCUCUCUUGGGAGACAUCGGUGUCUUGCUCAAGAACUUCUGUGGCAACUGCCAAGCCAGUGUUCCCGGGCUGAAAAGCAACAAAGGAGAAGAAACUGGCGCUGGUGAGCCUGGAAAGUACGAUUCCACAGCCCAGAAGGGUGAUACAGGCCCACGGGGUCCUCCAGGAAUCCCAGGCAGGGAGGGACCAAAGGGAAGCAAAGGAGAGCGGGGCUACCCGGGGAUACCUGGAGAGAAAGGUGAUGAGGGCCUUCAAGGAAUUCCAGGCCUUCCAGGUGCCCCAGGCCCCACUGGAUCCCCUGGCUUGUUGGGAAGAACUGGACAUCCCGGUCCCACGGGAGCAAAGGGUGACAAGGGCAGUGAGGGACCCCCGGGGAGACCUGGACCACCCGGACCACCAGGUGUACCAUUCAAUGAAGGAAAUGGAAUGAGCAGUUUGUAUAAAAUCCAGGGAGGUGUGAAUGUUCCCAGUUUUCCAGGCCCCCCUGGCCCCCCCGGCCCAAAAGGAGACCCUGGCCCAGUGGGAGAACCUGGUGCAAUGGGGUUACCAGGACUAGAAGGAUUUCCAGGUAUAAAGGGGGAUCGAGGCCCAGCAGGCCCCCCAGGAAUAGCUGGAAUAUCGGGAAAACCUGGAGCCCCAGGGCCUCCGGGAGUCCCAGGGGAACCGGGUGACAGAGGGCCUGUUGGAGACAUAGGUUUCCCUGGACCAGAAGGACCCUCCGGAAGGCCAGGAAUAAAUGGAAAAGACGGAUUGCCCGGUGCUCAGGGUGUCAUGGGUAAACCUGGAGAUAGAGGCCCCAAAGGAGAACGUGGUGACCAGGGAAUUCCAGGAGACAGAGGCCCACAAGGUGAACAGGGGAAACCAGGCCUUCCAGGCAUGAAGGGAGCCAUAGGUCCUGUGGGGCCACCCGGAAACAAGGGCUCCACGGGAUCCCCCGGACACCAAGGCCCUCCAGGCAAUCCAGGCGUCCCAGGCACUCCAGCUGAUGCGGUUUCAUUGGAAGAAAUAAAGAAGUAUAUUAAUCAAGAGGUUCUAAGGAUUUUUGAAGAGAGGAUGGCCGUGUUCCUAUCGCAGCUCAAGCUGCCAGCGGCAAUGCUGGCUGCUCAGGCUCAUGGAAGGCCUGGUCCACCAGGAAAGGAUGGAUUACCUGGGCCGCCAGGAGACCCUGGGCCCCAAGGCUACCGAGGACAGAAGGGAGAAAGAGGGGAGCCUGGCAUUGGGCUCCCAGGGAGUCCAGGUCUUCCUGGGACUUCAGCUCCGGGUUUGCCAGGCUCACCAGGUGCCCCAGGUCCCCAGGGCCCCCCAGGACCUAGUGGAAGAUGUAAUCCAGAAGAUUGCCUCUAUCCUGUGUCUCAUGCCCGUCAGCGGACAGGUGGGAAAUAAACACACCUGAGGAAGACUUGACAUUGAGCUAUCUUAAUACUCUCAACCCCUCAUGAUAUGUGGGUGGCUUUUUUUUUUUUUUUUUUGGUUUUUGUUUUUGGUAGACCAGACAUUAAAAGCAACAAUUGGAAUCCUAUUCCUAUAGUAAUUGGGAUAUUAGCAUUUUCAGCUUUUCCCAAAUUCAUUCCAUUUGUUUUUCUUCACCAUUACUACGAUU